AUGGUGAUGGAGGAUAGUAACCACUAUGAUGACGACGAUGAGGAUAUCAAACCAAAUGCUAAAAAAGGUGAUGAAAAUACAAUCAAAGAGUGGAGAGAAGCAUUAUACAAUUCAAAAAAGAAAUGUACAAGAGGAAAUCUAUCAAUUGCAGAAUGGGAUGAAUCAAAGAAACUAUUUAAAGUGUUAAAGCCAAAAGGAAAACAAUUUGAAUCACUUGGUCAUAGUAUUAAAGGUGUUUUACAUCUUUAUGUUGAAGAAGCAAUAUAUUUAUUAGAGAUUGGAGUAGUUGAAUUAAUAUUUAAAGGAUUACCUUUAUGUUUACAAGAUGCAUAUAAACUAUUUGAUGAUCAAUUCUAUAGUGGAGGUUUCCCAUUCUAUAAAUACCAAACAUUUCUUUACUUUAGAAAACUUGGAUUUCAUCUUGUCCGUUAUGAAGAUUCAUUAGACUACCAGGAUGAUGACACAACUAUUAAAUCAUCGUCAUCAACAACAACAACGACGACGACAUCUAAAACAAACAACUCUCAACAAGUUAUGAUACUAGAAGAUGAAAAAGAAGAUAUAUUGAAAAGAAUUAAAUUUAAUGUUGGUUGUACAAAUAAUACUACAACCAAUGGAUCAUCAACUUCAACAACUACAACAAAUAAUAAUAAUAAUAAUAAUAAUAAUAAUAAUAAUAAUAAUAAUAAUAAUAAUAAUAGUCACGAUAAUACUGAUAGGAAAUGUCAAAAUUGGUGGAAAGAGAUACAAAAUGAUCAUAGUGAUCUUGACAAUACCAAUUUUACACCAUUUAUAGAUAUGAUUGAUCAACCAGAUUAUAGUCAACCGGUUAUCAAUCACUUUCAACAACAUCUUAAAUACCUAUCACUCAAACGAAAGGAAAUGGAUACUACACAAGAAGAAGAACUCAAAUCAAAAUAUAAUAUCAAAAUAUUGGAAUCUAAAUUUAAAUCACCUAUUCUACCAAAUAUUAUAAUUAACAACAACAACAAUGCUGCUAUUGCUGGAAAAGGCAAUACAACAAUGACGACGACAACGACUAAAAUAGAGAGAAUUAAAAAUAUAGUAUCACCAAUCUUACAACUACCAAAUGAUUUAAAUGGAAAUCAAACUAUCAACUCUAUCAAUAGAAAAUUACAACUUACAUCACAAUAUUUUAUAAAACAUGAACAACAACAACAAGAACAGGAAACAGAACAAGAAAAAAGUUUGGAUGGAGAUGAAAAGAUGAAUGAUCAUCAUCAUUCAUUAUCAGAUGAUUAUUUAUACAUUGAUUACAAUGUUUAUAAACCAAAAGGUAAAUCAUUUAAGAAAUCGAAUCCUGGCAAACCAGAUUUUAGAAUCAAAAUCUACAAUAAUUUUGGGACAUCACACCUUGUUCCAUCAUUUGAAGAAUUGGCUCUUAUCGACCAAGAAUCAAAUGGUUUCGAUACCCUCAAUACAAUUCCAUUGAAACAUUUUAAUUAA